CUCCAUUGCUCAAAUCUCACAUCUGAAGGUUAAAGUCUGUCUCUCUCUCCAUCACACCGUGCUUCAGUCCAGCGGUACUCGCGUAUCUCUCUCCCUCUUCUUGCUCAUAAUUUGUAGAAAUAUUAACACAAUAUCAUGUCGAUAUUUGGUGAAGUCCCGCAGGCUGCUCCUGUCGCAGUGUUUAAACUGACAGCAGAUUUCCGAGAAGAUCAAAAUGCCAGCAAGGUGAAUCUGGGAGUCGGAGCCUACAGGACAGAUGAAGGUCAGCCCUGGGUUCUCCCCGUGGUGAGAAAAGUGGAGAAGAUGAUCGCUGAUGACCAUAGUUUGAACCACGAGUACCUGCCCAUUCUAGGCCUGCCAGAGUUUCGCUCCAGUGCAUCUAAGAUCGCUCUGGGUGAAGACAGUCCUGCCAUCAAGGACAAUCGGGUAGGAGCUGUGCAGUGUUUAGGUGGCACUGGUGCUCUGAAGAUCGGAGCCGAGUUUCUUCGCCGUUGGUACAAUGGAACCGACAACACAAAAACUCCAAUUUAUGUGUCUGCACCAACAUGGGAGAACCACAAUGCUGUUUUCUCUAACGCUGGAUUUGAGGACAUCCGUCCAUACAAAUACUGGGAUGCAGGGAAGCGUGGACUCGAUCGGGAAGGUUUUCUGGGUGACCUGGAGAGUGCACCUGAUCACUCCAUCUUUGUGCUGCAUGCCUGCGCUCACAACCCCACCGGCACAGAUCCCACCCAGGACCAGUGGAAGCAGAUCUCUGAUGUCAUGAAGCGAAAGAGUCUGUUUACCUUCUUUGAUUCAGCCUAUCAGGGUUUCGCCUCAGGAAAUUUAGAUAAGGACGCCUGGGCUGUCCGCUACUUUGUGUCACAGGGUUUUGAAUUGUUCUGUGCCCAGUCGUUCUCAAAGAACUUCGGUCUGUACAAUGAGAGAGUGGGGAACCUGACUGUUGUAGCCAAAGACCAAGACAAUUUGAACCGUGUACUGUCUCAAAUGGAGAAGAUCGUUCGCAUCACCUGGUCCAACCCUCCAUCCCAGGGUGCACGUCUGGUUGCCAUCACACUCAACACCCCUGAACUCUUUGCUGAAUGGAAGGACAAUGUGAAGACCAUGGCAGACAGAGUCCUGCUCAUGCGUGCUCAGCUGAAGGAAAAACUCAAAGCACUCGGAACUCCAGGAACCUGGGAACACAUCACUGAGCAGAUCGGCAUGUUCAGCUUCACCGGACUCAACCCUAAGCAGGUGGAGUACAUGGUGAAAGAGAAGCACAUUUAUCUAAUGGCGAGCGGGCGCAUCAACAUGUGUGGCCUCACCACCAAGAACAUUGACUAUGUGGCCGAGUCCAUUCAUGAGGCUGUCACUACAGUCUAAUAAGCACCUUUACCACACUUCCUGUUUGUGUGUGUGUGUGUCCACAGGAACAUAGACACGCACAGACACACACACUGAUACACCCCUUCACUCACCAGCUUUCCUGGUCUAAUUUAGUCAUCAGCAUUUCAACAUUCUGUUUUAACUUGUAAUUAUAACGCAAUGAAACAGUCCCGGAAGAUAUAUAUAUAUUUCCCUUCACCCUUCUCCUGUGUUUUCAGAAGAGAGUAUGUUUAAAUAUUAUCCGUGGAGUUCAUGCAAAUCUUGUUUCUAUGAAUAAGCACUUUGUGGUGGGAUUUACAGUCAACCAAACAACUCUCUGGAUUUCAUUAACCUGAAGGUCCAGCUUGACUGAUUUUAUGAUCUUUCAUGGUCUUAGAUUAAAUUCACACAGGUUAGUGUGACUGAAUCAGAGUUGUAGACAACCUUUGAGUUAGUGGGGUGAAAUGGGUGGAACCUAGCCUUUAUUAAAUUAACUCGUCGAAUUUUAUCGCCAUGUGUCUGAAAAUUUCAUUGUAUUGAGUGCUGAACUGAAGGACAGUGUGCAUGUUUCAUGAUCGAUGUGUCUGUAUUCUUAAAACAUCCACACAGAAACAACUCUAGAACUUGAAUGAAUGGAGGCAUUAGAUUGUGUUUUAUUGUCAAUUCCUGAUGCUCUUACCUCAAAUUAAAUGGCUUGAAGAAACAUUUUACCUUGAAAACUUAUUGUGACUAGUUAAAACAAUGGAAGAAGAAACCUGGUAUUGUGGUUUGUGAAGAGGUGCAUUUUGGGAUAUUGGAUAUCUGACAGCUGAAGGAGAGUGAAUUAUACAGAAAAGUGAUUUGGGGGUUGAAUAUUCUUUUAAGCUUUUCGUGUUUGAUGUUCUGGAAAUUCUGGGUUGUGAAGAGCCCAGGCAUUGUUUUGCACUUUAUUUUCUGGUGUCUUUUUAUUCUGGUCCAUCGCUUUUACUGCUGUGUUUUUGUGUUCAGGCUCAUUUGUGCACUGCAGGACCGUUUAAUGAAUGUGCAGACAUUAGUCCAAGUAAUACUACUCUCCCACCCAGCUUAGUCGCAAAAGAUCAAUCCUCUAGGAGUAUAAAAACUCUUUGAGCACAAAUAUACUAAUCAAAGUGCAUUGAAAUAAAAGAAGUAAACAA